AUGAGCUCCGGACCUCGGACACCCCGGACACCCUUCAGCAUCGCAGACAUCCUAGGCCCGCGCAUGGUCCCCCGAGGGCCCUCCGCCUUGCAGCUGCCGGAGUCGGUCCCCGGCCCCACGUCGCCGCUGUGCGCGCUGGAGGAGCUGACUAGUAAAACUUUUCGCGGACUUGACCUGCGCGCUCCGCCACCCUCGGAAGCCGUAGCGCCCGGAGGUGCCACUCCAGGCGCGCUGGGCCCGGGCCGGGCCAGCCGCAGACGACGGAAGUCGCGCACGGCGUUCACAGCGCAGCAGGUGCUGGAGCUGGAGCGGCGCUUCGUUUUCCAGAAGUACCUGGCGCCGUCAGAGCGCGACGGGCUGGCAGCAAAACUCGGCUUGGCCAACGCGCAGGUCGUCACGUGGUUCCAGAACCGGCGCGCCAAGCUCAAGCGCGAAGUGGAGGAGAUGCGCGCGGACUUGGCCUCCCUGCGCGCCAUAUCCCCGGAAGGCCAGUGCCACCUCGCCGUGGCCCACGGCGCCCCAGGCCCAGGCCGGAACCGGGGCCUCGGCCCUGCCCCGCCUGACUCCGGGCGCCACCUGUCAGACGAGGAGAUACAGGUGGACGACUGA